ACUACGUGGGCGCGAGAGACCGCGCAUGCGCCGUGGUCGCCCCGCCGACCCGCCGGCGCGCAGGCGGGCGGGCGGUCCAGCACUUGACCGCCAGCAUCCCGGGGACCCGGCGCCGCCGCCAUGCAGGCUCGCAGCGACCCGGCGAUCUAACAGGUUGCCGCCAGCCCGCAGGGCCAUGCUGAGCGGACUGAUCCUGCUCGUGUUCCUCAUCUGCUACUGCUGCCACAAGAACAUGAGCAAGCAGGCGAGCCGCAACGCGCAGUACUGGCACGAGGAGAACGAGGUGCCGCUCGAGAUCUUCACCGUGGACUCCCAGUGCUACGAGGUGGCUGGGGUGCUGGCGCCGUCGUCCUCGUGCGGCUCGCUGGACACGGCGUCCUGCCCGCCCUUCAGCACGCCGACACCGCCCCCGGCCUACGAGGCCGUGGUGCGCGAGGACGCCAAGAGGCCCGCGCCGCCCCCGGCCCGCCCCCACGCCGCCCCCCAGCCGGAGCCGGAGGACGCGGGUCUGCCCAGCUACGAGGCGGCGCUGCGCAUCGAGGCGCAGGGCUACGUCUGAUUGGCUGCGCGGCGCCGGCCAAUAGCGUCGCGGCACUCCUUCCGAGACCACGAGCACAGCGGGAGCCUGUCGCUAUCGAUGCUUACGAUGAACUACCGAUUGCCAGUUACAAUUAUUGACUGUCGAUUACAAACAUUAAUUUUUGGUGGACAGAGUUCUAGUAAUCGAUGACCGACUGUCGAUUUCUAAUUUCGAUUGUCCGCCGUAUGAAUUAAAUAUGUAGGUUUAUAGCGGAAAAGAAAUCAUCUGGAUAGUUAAAACGUUUAAUGAGAUAAGGAUAGUAAAACACAGUUACCGUGUUUGAGAAAAUUAAACCAGCACUUGAUACAGCGGUAACACAAACUGUAGUACAUACAAUAAAACCAUUAACAAACAUCAUCUCGCUUUAAGUGCAUUUACAAACAGCAUUAACCUCGCGUAACUUGACGUUAGCAUUGGAUUUUGUACCACUUUCACCUGGAAUAUAGUGUUGUUUGGUCUUUUAUUCCAAAGAAAGAAUACUAUAUCUGCGGUGCUUUAAUUUGUGAAGUUUCUUUUCGUACCGGUUUACGGCAAAUAAGAUUAGAGACCGAAGGAACAACAAGACCUGGUAGAGAGCGUUUAAUUGAAGUAAAAAUGCUUAUAUGAACAAACUGAGUUUUUUUUGUGAGAAGAUCGUUAGGAGAAAUGUUAAAACUCAACUUGGUAUGAGCUUAGAAUUAUUUUUUUUUCUUUUACAAACUUAACUUUUAAAUCAAUUUAGUGGAAAAAAUGUAUCUAACCCAAUGGAUGCUACAUCAUCUAAUCGUUUAAAAAUAAGUUGUUGUACCAGAAUCUCGGUCAGCCAGCAACAAAAUAAUUCGAAAAUGAUUAACUUUAUUUCAACGCCCAUUCGAUUUUCAUUCAUAAUUUUUUUAUGUCGCACUAAAAUGUUUAUAUGGGCAUGGGUUUGCCAAUGAUCCAGUCUAUUUCGAUUUAUUCAUCUUGCUACUUGACACCACUAAUCAUUAACUUGAGAUAUGAUGGUUUUUGGUAAAGUCACGUGUCGAUUCGCGAUAGAAAAACUCGAACAAUGUUCAACUGAAAUGGGCAUUUCAUUCGGUAUUCCCGGCAUCACGAUGGUUUCAGGUUCUCGUGCGCACUUCAUUGUGAAACGAUAGUUACAUAGGGUUACUUUCAGGCUCAGGGUGCCUGGUUGGAACAACAUGGCUACAGCGAUCGUUUCCAACACCUUUGUCACCCACCCACCACGUAGAAGCUGAUCCGUAGGACUCACCAGUAGUGUGGACAACGGCCUUUGCACGGUAGAAGUACUGUCGAUGAAACUUAAGACACUUAAGACACUUUAAACACAGAAGUGAGUCACAAUGGACGAUGGUAACCAGACACAUCAAUCAAAUGAAAGAAGAUUUGCGUCCACUUAUUUUUGUAUGUUGCCUCUUGAUGGAAGGCUGUUCACUUUUGAGUGUGGAACCUGAGUGAGGUUUAUUUCCUCGAGGUUUUUUUUUAUUGGUAUUGGAAUAUUUCUGUUUCUGAGGUAAGGUUUCAUAUUAUAAAACAAACAAAAAAAAUACGUCCUAACUUGUUGCUAGUUUGGACAACUUUCGCAUACGGAAUAUAUUAGCAUAUUCUAACUUUAACAGUUGGGUCCCAACUUUUUAUACCUAUCACAUAUUAACAAUAAUAAAAUAAUGCUUAUAAACUAUGAGUGAAAUCAUUGGGAGGGAACUAUUGGCCAACAAAUAAAGAAACCCGGAAAUACGCAGUGAAGCCACAAUGUGGAUAGUCACAACUCGCUAGAAAUUUUUUCAUAUGUUCCGAACAUUUAGUGAAAGUUAUAAACUUAUACAAUUGUGUGGUCACUUUAUCCUACACAUAUAUAUCUCCUAUAGUUUAUGAAAGAGUCAAAUCAAUGGUAAAUGUACCUACAAUAUAUUUAUACACUAAAUUUUCCAUACAAUUGCAUAGGCUUAAGACUUUCAUUUCAUGUUUAGAAAUGUUGCCAAAAUUUUCUUAGUGUAGAAAUCUUUAUGCUCGAUGUACCGUUAUAGUGAACACACUUUGGGAAAAUACUGAAAAUAUAUUUUAAUUAUAACUUACAUAAGGGUCCACUGGAACGCGAAUAAAACCACAUGCGACUACAGUCUCAAAUGUGCUGCCAACUUAACAGCGUGAAUACCAAAUUACCAAGCUGUGUUUAAGUGUAAGAAUUUUUUUCAAAGGUUUCUUUUGACAGUUUUCACUUACCCUUGGAUGGUUUUGCGUAGCUGGGCUGUACAUAUGUAUGGCGGAAUAGUACGAUAUAACUGAAAACGUAAACCAGUUGAUCUCUGGAAAAGAUGGUUGCUGUACCUAUAGUUGUACUGAUGAUAUAAAUAUGUGUUUUUGACUCCAUAACAUCCUUAAAAUUUACUGAUGGGAAAAUUUAACACAAGAAAAUGGUUCAUAAAAACCUACAGGAGCUAUCCUCACUCAGUCUGAAUCAUGUAAACCAGUCACCACACUUUACACCUAUGGAAUAUGUUGUUCAAAAUGUGUUCCUGUUAAUAAUAAAAGUGUACUUUCAAAA